AAAGUAAUCGCAUACAUCGGCAAGUGGACACUGCGUAUAAAAACGCCGGCCGGCCGGGCGAAUGGCACACACUCGAUCCGAAGGCACCACGGGCAGGACAAUGAUGAGGAGCUUCGCGAUUGUUCUACUGGCGACGGCCGUGUUGGCGGCUCCCAAGAAGGAUGAGUCUAACCUAAAGGACAAGCGAAGCCUGCUGCUGGGCGACGCCGGGCUGUCCAGCUACAGCAACGGCAUCGGUCUGUCGGGCUACGCCGCGGGAUACGGAACCGGACUCGGCAGCAAGCUGGGUCUCUCCUACAACUCCCUCGGUAGCGGACUCGGCAACGCGUACACCUCCGGACUGAGCUACGGCCUCGGCUCCGGCGCCAGCUACGGCUCCGACUACGGCCACGGCUACGGCCACGGCUACGGCCACGGCUACGGCUACGGCCACGGCUACGGCCUCGGCUCCGGCGAUCUGCACAGCGGCAUCAGCCUGCACGCCGGCAGCAUCGGCGGCAACCUCGCGCACGCCAAGACCGAGCGCAUCACCGGCGUCACGGUCCACCGCGAGGUCCAGGUGCCGGUACCGGUGCCGCAGCCGGUCCCAGUGCAAGUCACCAAGCACGUGCCCGUCCCGCACCCCGUCCCCUACAAGGUCGACCGCCCGUACCCCGUCCCGGUCCCGCAACCGGUGCCGGUCCCCGUUACGCGCCAUGUGCCCGUGAAGGUCGACCGCCCGUACCCCGUGCCGGUGGCACAGCCGGUGGAGGUUCGCGUGCCGCAGCCGGUACCGGUACCGGUGCCGCAGCCUGUGCCGGUUCCAGUGUCCGUAACGAAGCACGUGCCGAUCUCCCUGCCGUCGGUCGCGACCCUGCCCGUCGCCUCCGGCCAUGACUACCACAACUACCACAACUACCAUGACUACCACGACUACGCCGCCCUCGGCUCCGGCAUCGGUAGCGGCAUCACCAGCGGCAUCGUCCACGACUUCGGCGGCGAACACCUCGGCUCCGGACUGCUGACCGCUGGCGACCACCACCACCACAUCGGCGGCUCCACCUUCGGCUCGACCGGCCUCGUCUCCGGAGUCGAACACGUAGGCUCCACCUUGGGCUCCACCGGCCUGCUGACCGGCGUCGAGCACGUAGGCACGAGCUACGGCGGUCCUUACUACAACGGAUACACAUCGUACCCGGCGACGACGCUGAAGAAAUGGUGAACACCGUUCGCACCUCUCCCCCCCUCCCCCCCCGCGCGACUACACAAUCGCAGCACACUUCGUUCGUAGACGGCGCUCCUCGACGGCGUGGUCUGUGCGGGUCGAACGUGCGGAACGCGCGCGACUCGAGUUCCGCGCGCUGCCAAAUAAAGCUCUAUUUUUUUACACGCACACGCUCGCAGCAGUCGCUUCUUCGCCGUCGGCGUUUCUCCGCAGCAGUUUCUCGCGUUCGAACGCGAUCGCGUCGCGUCGCGGCCUUGUGCACCUUCGAGUGACGGUAUUACCAUCCAUCUCCCGAGAGUGAGAGAGAGAGAGAGACGCGAAAUUUCACCGAAAGUCGCCACACGCAGCGACAGCGGCCAGGCCCCCUCCCCCUUCCCCCGCCCCGGUGCGGCCGACGAAGAAUAUACCUCAGCUCCGUAACUUAGAUAGGCAUUUUGUACGACACGAAUAAUAAAGGAAGAAUUCGACAGACACGGCAAAA